UGUAUCUGGUGAUUUUAGAGUGGUGGAAUUGUUGGACUUUGAAGAAAUCGUCGAGUAGUAUUUAAUAUUGGUUCUGACAAUCUUUAUUUAUUAUUAUUUCAAUUUCCUCUUCAGUAUUAGGAGAAAAUGUCGAACGUAGAAGAGGAAGGAACAUUCAACUAUGACAAAGUGACUAUAGUCAAUGAUAACGAAGAAUCUGUCGUCGUGUCACUAAAUUCAUUGAAGGAAAAGGCGGGAUUGUUGAAAUAUUCCAUAAUGGUGUGUCCGAACAAAAUGAAGUUUCUUCUAAAAGUACCUCUGACAUUAGAAACGCUCAACCAAUUCGCCAGAUUUUUGGAUAACAAAAUUCCUGAAUUUACUUCUGCGGAUAGAGGAUUUGAAAUGUAUUUAUUCAGCAAACGUUACUUCAUUAGCCAUUUAGAAACUAGAAGUUUCUAUUAUCUCGUCAGGUUGACUCUCAGUACACAUGUUUGUCGUGUCCACGAUUUAGCUUGCAAAUACAAUGAAAAGCAAUUGCAACGUGUUUGUUUCAAUCAAUUCAGUUUCUCUGAUAGAAGUAUUUUCCGUACCGAUUAUUUCCGAUCGUGCGAAGAAACUACUAUUCACAAGUUAUUAACGAUCCCCCUAUACCGAUCACUGGAGGAAUUUGAUUUGUUGAUGGGACUUCGCAUGUGGGUCGAAAAAACAUUUCUCAAAUUGAGGGAAACAAAUGCCAACAUAUCGAAGAGAGACGUGAUGAAACCUUUCAUCUCUUUCAUCAGAUUUUUUGUUCUAGAUCCAGAUCGUUUAAAACAGAUUGUGGACAAUUUUAUUAAAGAACAGAUUUUAACAGAAGAGGAAGUUCAAUCCAUACGACAAUUUCUCGCCGAGAAAAACGUGGCGCUCCUUCCAAAAACAAUAUCUGCUAAUGGUAAACGCCGGAAUAUUAAUGAUUUAUCCUCGAUUCUUGCCAUAAACCAAACAGCACGUCGUAAGUUAAACAAAAAUAUUAAUAUGAAACCAAAUUUUCAAUUUAUGGCUGACGUAUCGUUUUGUGAAAACUGUUAUGUGCAUGCCAUUAAAGUUCCAAUAAUCCACAUGAAUCCUAAAGGGAUAAAUGUUUUGGUCGGUGUGAAGUCGGCAUAUUCGCAUGAUUUUCUGUACGAAAAAUGCAUUUGCUUUAGAGACGGGCUUUUGUAUUUAAGAAAAGCGAAUUUAUUGCCGAAACGCAGCUUUUAUAUAUUUUUAGUUACGAUUCCUGAAAAGGAAGUAAAUUCGAACUUAAUAGUAGUUAUGAAGGAUACAAAUGAUUACAUCCCAGCCUACAAUUUUCCAGAUGAGACUACAAGUGAAGAAGAAAAUGUGAAAUUUCUUUGUAGCACUGUCUUCUAUUUUUAAAAUCUCAAAAAUUUCCUUUUUUUAUAUAUAUAUCUUACGUCGGGUAUUUUUAAAGAGGACUAUUUUGGUUUUCAUUAAAAUUAUUCGUGUAUUUCAGAACUACUAUGCAUAGACAAUUAGAAGCGAUUGCAUUAUUUGCAAUCGCUUCUAAUAAUAACACAAUUAAGUGAUUAAGAAUAAUUGUGAUUAAGAAUGACGUACGUUCGUUG